AUGGUGGACAAAAGAAGCAUCGGAAAAAGAAAAAAACAAUUUAUUGAAUAUAUUCGUCGACCAAUUAAUGAUGAUAAAGAAUUAAUAAAUGGUUUAAAACUUGAUAAACAUGUUGAUAAAUAUAUUUGUUGGUAUUUUACACAAAUUAUUUUACAAUCAGUUUCAAAUGGCACAAUUAUUCAAAUGCAAGAUAAUUUAAAUGUUUCAACAAGAAUGAAUGAACUAGGAAUAGGAUCUGAUCUUGAACAUAAUUGUCCACAAAAUUGGUCAUGGCGUUUCGAAUGGUCUCAAUUAACAUCAGAUAUUCGAAUUCGAUUAAAAAAAUUAAGACAGAUGUAUGGACAUGACUUAAAGUAUGGUAAAUCUAUUCCACCAGAAGAUAUGGUUAUGAAAGAUGAUUCGAAAUAUGCUUUACAAUAA